UAAUUGUGUGAAGGCCAUAUAUCUGGCCCAAACUGCUCCUGCCCCCACCCUCCUGCUUUUGUUUAGAGUUCAGUUAUAUUGCCAUCUACACAGACACACACACACAGACAAGCUAACAUUUAAAAUCCCAACAGUUUCAUAAGGAGAAUGUUGAGCCUUGGUUCUAAUUCUGUGAGUUGUAUCUACACAGCAAUACAGUCCCAUGCAUUGAAAAACAUUGAAAUGCAAUUAUAAUAGAUUGAAAUACAUUGAAAUUCUGUCAGAAUAGUUUUUUUUCAGACCUUUGCCUGAAUCGUGUCGACUCUUAAAAAACGUAUCAAAGACAAACAGCUGUGAUGCAACCGAGUUCUGACCCUUCAUCUCUCAAAGUAAACAGGACAAUGUUCUCCUUUACUGGAAAUGAGCAGGUGAUGUUUUCGGUUGACUCCCUGUUCUUGACUCAUUGGGGGAUUCCUGAACUUCGAGCGACACAUCAUGAAGUUUGAUUUGGCUGCAGUUUCUUUGGCAUCGUUCCUCGUCUUUCUGUCUCCAGCUUGCUGCCAGCAGUCUGUGAACUGCAGAUGGGGGUCUUACAGAGAGUGGUCCGAGUGUGACGGCUGCACCAGCACUAAGGUGCGUACUCGCCACCUGCAGGUGUACGCCCAGUUUGGGGGCGUGGCAUGUUCAGGAGAAGCCACUGAAACACAACCGUGUGUUCCGCAAAAAAGUUGUCCCCUGGAAACGGGCUGUGGAGAAAGGUUCCGCUGCACCUCUGGUCAGUGUAUCAGUCGCACUCUGGUGUGUAACGGAGACUCCGACUGUGAUGACAACCUGGAUGAGAGAAACUGUGACCGAGACCAACCGUUCUCAUGCGACCUCGACAAAACGCCUCCGAACUCUGACUUCACAGGCAGAGGGUACGAUGUGUUGACGGGGAAACUGAGAGCAGGCGUGAUCAACACUCAGAGCUUUGGAGGUCAGUGCAGGAAGGUGUUCAGCGGCGACCACAAAGUCUUUUACCGACUUCCGCAGAGCGUCCUCAGGUACAACUUCGAGGUGACAGUGGACAACGAAGACAGCGAUGAAUCCUACAACAGUGCCUGGUCGUACACUCAGCACAGCCAGACCUACUCCUGGUUAACAGACCAAAGCCGCACCUUCCACAAAGAGCUCACUGAGCAUAAGGCGUACAGAUUAAUAGUCCUGAAGAAUAAAGUGGAACUGGCCCAGUUUCAGAACUCCGCCCCUCAGUACCUCACUCUGUCCGAAGGCUUCUGGAAGGCCUUGUCCUCGCUGUCGUUCACAUACGACUACUCCGCCUACCGCCAGCUGCUCCGGAAGUACGGCACGCACUACCUCUCCGAGGGCUCGCUCGGCGGCGAACACCAAGCCUUGUUGGAGUUAGACCGCCAGGCCUUCACCUCAUCCAGUACGACAGAUAUCGAGUACCAGAGGUGUUGGAAGAAGGUGAAAGGUUUUUGGUUUUGGAAGACAGUGACAAUCAGAUGUGAAACAUUCAUGAAUUCUAUCAAAUCCAGAGACGGACGCAAAGUGAAUAAAAUGCCCAUUAAAGUCAACAUAUUUGGAGGAGAUCCGUCCUUCAUCGGCGCUCUGAGUGUUCUGGAUCUGGAAAAGCCAGAAGUUAACAGAGAGAUCUAUGAUAACUGGGCCUCGUCAGUCAAAGACUUCCCUGACGUCAUAAACCAGAAGCUGCGUCCUCUGCACGAGCUGGUGAAGGAGGUGCAGUGUGCAGGUCUGAAGAAGCUGCACCUGAAGCGGGCCACAGAGGAGUACCUGGCCGAGGAGCAUCCCUGCCACUGCCGUCCCUGCCACAACAACGGCCAGCCGCUGCUGAGCGGCACCGUGUGUCGCUGCGUCUGCCGGCCGGGAACCUCGGGACCGGCCUGUGAGACUGGAGCUGUGACCGGAGAGCAACCAGGGGUGAUCCAUGGCGGCUGGAGCUGCUGGUCCUCCUGGGCGUCUUGUUCUGGAGGUCAAAGGUCAAGAACUCGCAGCUGCAACAAUCCCGCUCCCAGCGGAGGUGGACACCACUGCACCGGACCGACAGAGGAGCAGAAGCCCUGUGAGGACCCAGACAUCCAGUAUUUACAGACGAUGGAGCCUCAGUGCUUCAAUCUCUCUCUGACGCCACCAGAGACCUGUGGCCCGCCUCCGAACCUGAGGAACGGAUUCAUCCAGAAUCCCAAAGACUUGUACAGGGUUGGAAACACGGUGGAUUUCUCCUGCAUCGAGGGAUUUUACCUCAGUGGACACGCUGCCGCUCGGUGCAAUGAAAACAAGACGUGGACGCAGGGGACGUGGGUUUGUAUACGAUCCACGUGUCGGUUCCCACAACUCAGUGGGGACGUUGUGGGCACGCCCACCCAAGUGUCCUAUCGGAUUGGAGAGACAGUGUCCCUCCACUGUCCUGCGGGGGCGCUGCUGGACGCUGAGGUGUCAGAGGUCAUGUGUAGUCCCAGUCUGCAGUGGUCUCCGUCUCCUGCAGGCGUUCGUUGCAAAGCAGCGCCCACAGCUCCCACAGCUCCUACUCCUCCACCCGGCCUGAAGUGUAAACCCUGGGAGAAAGUAGGAACCACCGGGUGUGUGUGUAAGAUGCCAUCUGAGUGCAAGACUUCACUGCCGUUGUGUGCCCGAUUUGUCUCGACUCAAACCCCCCGGUUGCUCAGCCUGUGUCAGCUCGGCGCUCUGCGAUGUAUCGGACGCAGCUUCACACUGAACACUGACACGGGCUGUCAAUGGCCACAGCCGUCCUGCAGGGUCUGUCCACCAGGGACCGUCUGUCACAGUUCAGCGAGAGAAUGCGUUUGCCUGAACGUGUCAGAUUGCCCCAGAGACUCCGCCCCCCUGUGCGUUAGCUCUGACGUUGCCACGACGAUGACCGAAUGUGAGGUGGGCGCCAGGAGGUGUGCGGGGGAGCGGCUGAACGUGACCGGCAUCGACUCUUGUCCAAACUAAAAAUUGUUGUUUGAUUCAAUUUGUAGAUUAAACAGGAAGCUGUUUCUUUCAGAUAUGACUACAUUGUAAAUAGAGGUUAAAAAAAUGAACGUAGUCCACCCUCUUGGCACUGGAAUCAGGAAGUGACGAGCAGAUCCGUUUCCCUCCUCCUCUGAUAGUUGCUGGGCAAAAUCUUCACAUAAAUAAGCCUUGACUCGGCUGAAGCCUUGUGGGUCGGUGUUGUUGUUCACAAUUAAUUCAUGUAAAUAGAUUCCUCUGAGAUUCUGUGAGGUUUUUAUAUUUGUCACAGAGGAGAGAUAAUGUUAAAAAAUGAAGGUUAAAAUGACAAAUCUACUUUGUGUAAAGUUAAUAAAACACUUUUCAAAAUAAAA